AAUGCGGCAUUCUGGCUUGAGGCUCAAACGAAACCAAUUAAGACCAAAAGUCCUGUUUUUAUGUGCUUCAAAUCCGCGGAGAUUCACAAUUUAGCUGCUGUUUUACGGAUACAAAUCGACAAAUUGAUACGAUUUCAAGAAAGUUAGCCAGUCCACCAGCACAGGAAGUGACAUCAAACUACGCUCUUCUUUGUCUGACGACCUUAUCCGGAGGAAGUGAAGCUUUAGAUGAGGCAGCUACUUCACUGGGAGGAAAAAAAAAAAAACUGAAAAAAAUUGCCAAGAGGGGAAAAAACUUUGCUGGUUUGGAGGAAUUUGAGGCCGAUUGAAAAACUGUUUCCUAGGAGUCUUGGUCCAGGGGAGUCCCGGGGAGGGAGACGAAUUCGCCGUAAUCGAAAUGAUGGAAGACUCUCACUUCAAUUCAUCAUACUUUUGGUCUCCAAUCCCCACUGUAUCAGGACAGAUUGAAAAUGCCAUGUUCCUGAACAAAGUGAAAGAGCAACAGGAAAAGAGUGCUUGCUUCUCUCCUUCUCCUGCAUCACACUACCAAACCGCUCUUCUCACCAUCCCCACUCAUGGGACAAAAACAGAUGGAGGAGGGCAGGUUGGGAGUGUGGCACAACUCCACCCUCCUCACAGCACCCAGAACAUGCUGUCUGUCCCCUCCACGGGCAUCAUGACAGCAGCGGGUCUGGUCAUCACAACUCCUCAGGGAACAUUAGUGUCACCCACCUCGUCUCAGUCAUUUGUCUCUGGUCACCCAGCAACGACCAUGAUUGUUUCAGCACUCCAUUCUGCAGACAGAAAAGAAGGCGAUGGGUCUUCCCAUGUGGUCGUGAUGCCUGCGGCCUCCAAGCGAGGCAGGAAAAAAAAGACGGCACUUUCCAGGGUCGGUGGAAUGGGUGGAACAGGAAAUGAAACGCUAAUACUGGCUCACCUGACAGCUGGCGGACAGUUGGCAUCUUUGCAACAUCAUACUGGAGACCCAUAUGACCUGUCAAAUGAAGAGGAAGACCACGGCACAAAAGAUAGCACUAAGACCUACAGGUGCCGGAUGUGUGCGGCGACCUUCCUCAGUAAGUCUGACAUGCAGAUCCACUCCAAGUCGCACACAGAGGCCAAACCUCACAAGUGUCCUCACUGCGCCAAGUCAUUCGCCAACUCCAGCUACCUGGCCCAGCACAUCCGCAUCCACAGCGGGGCCAAGCCUUACACCUGCUCCUACUGCCAGAAAUCUUUCAGGCAGCUCAGUCAUUUACAGCAGCACACACGGAACCACACAGAGUCGAAGCCUCACAAGUGUCCACAUUGUACCAAGUCAUUUGCCAACUCAAGCUACCUGGCCCAACAUGUCCGCAUACACACCGGAGUGAAACCUUACUCCUGCUCGUACUGCCAAAAGAGCUUUAGACAGCUCAGUCACCUUCAGCAGCACAACAGGAUCCACACAGGAGAUCGUCCCUAUAAGUGUUCACAUCCAGGCUGUGAGAAAUCUUUCACACAACUUUCAAAUUUACAGUCUCAUCGACGUCAACACAACAAGGACAAGCCCUACAAGUGCACCAAUUGCAAUAAAGGAUAUGUAGAUUCAGCAAGUCUGGAGGUGCACAUGUCCACACACACUGUCAAACACGCAAGGAUCUACUCCUGUGGGCUCUGCAACCGUACUUAUACCUCAGAGACGUAUCUGGUGAAACACAUGGAGAAACACAACCCAGACCAGUUGAGUGCAGCAGCAGCACGGUCGACACAACAGAACCAGAACCACAACCAAAGCCAGGCCCAGGGUCAGACUGCAGCUCAGGGCCAGGUGGAAAACGAAGAAGGAGGAGCGAGCCGACUUGGGGGAGCUGGGAGUGGAGGAGGCCAGCAGGGGCAGAGCCAGAGCAACUACCCCCAGACAGAAACCAUUUCCUGUCCAUUUGACCUGCACCAGUAUAAAACAGUCUCUGCCAGUGACAUCCAGUACAAGCCAGUCAGUGUAGCGGAUCUAACUUCCCACAAGGACCUCUGUCUCACUGUGUCGGCCUCCACCAUUCAAGUGGAGCACCUCAACUCUUAGAGUUUUAUAAGAGGAAUGAGUUUGGGCGGUGGGGAAGCGGAAUAUUGUUUUGAAAUAUGGAGGAUGAAGAAAAAAAGCAAUAAUUAAAUGAUAAAGGAACUUUAAAACACAAAAGACUGUGCCUGAACAAUGGUUUGAGACUAACAGGAUAAGCAGUGUGGUAACACAGUUCACUGAAGAUUUUGUUGAAUUUUUUUUUUUGUUGGUUUUUUCUGCCUUGUUUUUUCCCCCGUUGCUAACCUGUUCCUGUCGGAGUAGAAAAUAGAUCAAAAGAUUGCAAUAAAGUAUCUUUCAGUCCAUCACAGUGAUGGUUUUAUGAUAGGGAAAAGACUCGAAGAGACAUUUCUUCUCUUUAUUGUUUUAUCACUUCAGAUUCAGUCAAAUCAAUCUAAGGCCUCUCUGUUUCAGAAAAUUGGCAAUCGACUGUGAAGGUACAUUUUUAUACUUUCGUACAAAGACUUUUGGUGUUUUUUUCUAAGUGUUAAAACCUCUGCAAUGUUGUAAAAUAAAUUCCUGAAAUAAUGAAAUAAUACUUUCUAACCAUAAAAGGGACAUCAAUGUUAUUUCCUUUUCAGAAAAGAAAAAAUAGCAGUCAAGUAUAUAUACUUAUAUACAACCAGUUUAUAAAGUAUGAUUGUUCGUUUAAAGGAUGAGGUGAUCCUUAUAACCCAUUUAGAUCCAUUAGUGUGAUUCACAUGGUGUGACUCACAUACUGAGUCUGUUCAUGUUUCAUGUAAUCCUACUGUACAGCUUUGUGUGUAUGUCCUAAAAGUAAUGUUAUCCAAAUGUGUUGCUAUUAUACUUCCACAAUAAGAAUGUGUAUAAUAUUUCUUUACACACAUACCGCACACACAUGUUUUUUUCCCAGCUUAAACUACAAUAAACCCUCAGAAAUUA